AUGGUGUUACCGCCCCCAGACAAACGCCACGUGUGCCUCACCACCAUCGUCAUCAUGACCAGCAUGGCCUUCAUGGACGCCUACCUGGUGGAGCAGAACCAGGGUCCCAGAAAGAUUGGCGUGUGUAUUAUAGUGCUGGUAGGGGAUGUGUGCUUCCUCAUAGUGCUGCGCUAUGUGGCGGUGUGGGUCGGUGCAGAGGUGCGCACCGCCCGAAGAGGAUACGCCAUGAUCCUCUGGUUUCUGUACAUAUUUGUCCUGGAGAUCAAACUCUACUUUGUUUUCCAGAAUUGCAAGGCAGACAGGAAGAGCUUGGAGACGGUGGCCAGGAAAGCUUUGACGUUAUUAUUAUCAGUGUGUGUGCCAGGCUUGUACUUGGUUCUAGUGGCUCUGGAUAGUAUGGAAUAUGUGAGAACUUUUCGAAAGAAAGAGGACAUGAGGAGCCGCCUGUUCUGGGUGGCUCUGGACCUGCUGGACCUGCUGGAUAUCCAAGCCAACCUGUGGGAGCCGCAGCGGACGGGCCUGCCCAUCUGGGCCGAGGGCCUGAUGUUCUUCUACUGCUACAUCCUGCUGCUCAUCCUGCCCUGCGUGUCUCUCAGUGAAAUCAGCAUGCAGGGGGAGCACAUGUCGCCCCAGAAGAUGAUGCUGUACCCGGUCCUGAGCCUGGUCACCAUAAACGUGGUCACCAUCCUCAUACGAGGUGUGAACAUGGUGCUGUUUCAGGACAGCCGGGUUUCCACCAUCUUUGUCGGGAAGAACGUGGUGGCCAUCGCCACCAAGGCGUCCACUUUCCUGGAGUACCGUCGACAGGUAAAGGAGUUCCCCCACCCGCAGAACGCCAUGGCACUCGAGCUGCAGCAGAACAGCCACACGCAGCCGCUGCCCAACGCCACCAGUUUGCCACAUGAACCUUCGCCGGCGCAGGACGUCAUCGACACAUGACCGCCAGCUCUGGACUGAGCAUCAUAAGAAACUGAAAGCUCCUGGAGGGGAGGUAGAUGAAGGAAUCAGCUGCAUGACAGGAUGAUAAUCUGCUCUUGUCAAGUCCACAUGAACUGCUGUGAAACCAUAACAGAGAUUUUCAGCAUCACCUGCCCGUCAGAACAUCCUGUGAACCUACACCAGACUCUGAGUGCAGCGUGCAGCCUCUGAAAUCAAGUCAAAGCACCAAAGGACCUACCAUUCAGCGCGAGGCACUGACGGAGAGGAGGAGCAGAGAGUGAUAAGGGUCAGUCAUGGGGGGCUAUCUGUGCUGUGCUACAGCGAGGUUGGUGGCAGACGAAUGCUUUUCCCUCUUGUGUGGGGUUCUGCUGAGAAAUGAGCUCUGUUGAAGCUGCUGCCUCGGUCAGUGUAACGCUUUACGACCAAAUGUCUGAUAAAAGCACCGGAGCUCAGCACUAUACCGUCCACUGCAGGCAUCCAAGCGUGUGUUUUACUCUGUGUGUGUGUGUGUGUGUGUGUGUGUGUGUGUGUGU